CAUAGACGCUUUGGCGCUUCACUGUCUUGGCAUGUUUGUGUCAAAAUAUGAGUAGCUUUGUAUUUUUAGUGCGUAUCUCUUUCAAAUUAGCGUUAUUUGUCAACCAAGAGCAGGAGAUCUGACAGUUACUGUUAUCAUAUUUUUUCUUCGUGUAAUUGGUAGUGAUAUUUGUAUGAGUUUUUUAACGUUUUUCGAAACUAUUCCAUCAUGGUGAAGGAAAUGGUCGGUGGUUGUUGUGUCUGUUCAGAUGAAAGAGGUUGGGAUGAAAAUCCACUUGUAUAUUGCGACGGACAUGGAUGUAAUGUCGCAGUACAUCAAGGUGAAUUAUAUCUAGAUAUCAUUCUGUCUUGUUGUCGUGAAUAGGAGAGAAUGGGGGUACCGGUAGAACAUUUAUAAUCAAUCUCAAUGGCAUGUUUAUUUAAACUGUUUUAUACAUGCAGUCACUCACUUCUUCAUAAUAAAAUUAUUUUCAUUUUUGACAAAGCUUGUUAUGGAAUUGUGCAAGUACCAAAAGGACCUUGGUUCUGUCGCAAGUGCGAAUCACAAGAAAGAAUCGCUCGAGUGGUAAGUAUUGGAGCAUGGGUUAUAUUAGGUAUUUUUAGGGCUGCUUGUAUGAGCUGGUAUAAAGUGUCAAGAUCCAGCCUCAUGUAUUGUUUUUUAUGUUUGAGAUUUGGUUCACAUGGGAACCAGACCAGCUCCCGCUUAAGUGAGGCGAGAUUCCGUCUUCCCGGGCUAACAUGCAUGCAAUCAGCAUUUCACCAGUCAGCAAACGAGGCUUGAAAUUGUUUUACAAUAUGUGUGUUAUUCUGCCUGAAAACCAUCUAAAAAGUCAAAACAAGAAUGGAAUUACUGUCGUUCCAAUUGAAGUGUUCCUCAAAUAUUGAUUCAAUACAUUACCUCAGGCUGACCAAUUCAUUUGAUCAAGUUCCUUGAAAUAUUCAUACACUUCCUGUGAAAGAGCCAAUUCCAAGAAUUUGAUCAUUUUUGGUCACUUCGUUUCUAUUUAUGAUUGGUUAGUUGCACAAACAACAAAGGUGAUUGGUGCAUUCAAACUAUUUAACAGGAAGUUUACAAUGACACUAGGAAGUGUAUGAAUAUUUUGAGGAACUUGAUCAAAUGAAUUGGUCAGCCCGAGGUAAUGUAUUGAAUCAAUAUUUGAGGAACACUUCCAUUGGAACGACAGUAACAGAAUUACAUCACCUAAAGCAGUUGCUGACUAUAAAAAUACCAUUUCGUGAAAUAAAAAUUGAUUUCACAUUCCCGCCAAAAUCACACACUCUGUCAGGAGUUUCUUUUUCAUCUCAUAUGAACAGCCCUUUACUAUUCAGUAUUCAGCUGUAUUUUACAAAUAUAGCCUGACACAAACCUUAAUCCAUUUGUUCUCCACCACCCACAUUUAAUUAAGGAAGGGAAAACAGGAACUGAUUUACUCAGGCAACUGAGUCUACAGAGUCCAGUUGUUGAGCUCUAACAACAAGUUCAGGUAUUACUGAUACUCAGGCUAGCUUGAUCUAAGCUCCUCACUCUCACUGAGCAGCUUCUUACUGUCAAACUUACAGUAAAGUUGCAUUGUUCCCAAAUGCACCCUACUUUAUUAUUUUACUCAGGUCUAUCACCAGCAGAUUUUACUUUUCAAUUACAGAGACUCAAGUACCAGUACUCAUUUACAAUCUUUUCUUAUGCCUAAAUACAGGGUGUUAGCCAGGCGGCCGUCCGGACGGCCACUUCUGAAUUAUCUGCUGUUUACUAUCUAUCUAUCUAUUUACUAUUUAAUAUUAUCUGCUGUUUACUUUACUUAUGGUAUAUGUUUUUAUACUUUUCCCACCGAAAAUACGUGGAAUAUAGCUGAAUUGAAGUAUCGUCAACAAACGCGCCAUGUUUUUUUAACCAUGUUGAUGAUUCUCGCAUGAAGUAUCAAAGAGAAUAAUUUAAAACCACUGUUUUAAAAGACAGCAAUCAUAAUUUUAUCGCUUGAGUGCCAAUUACAGUAAAGAUGGCUAUAAAAUGAGCCAAAUGCGUAUAAAAAGGGAAAAAAAUAUCGGCGAUUGACUGAUGUAUUGUGUUCUUCAUUAUAGCAUAUACUUGAGUGAUCAUACGGUUCAUACCAUAUUGUGUGCUUUUACUAAUGUAAUGAUGGAAAUGUGCAUCUAAAAGUAAAAAGGUUCAACAAAUAGAACACCACAAUUCCACAACAUUGCGGCCACACCUAAAAACAUGUGCCCACGCCCACAAAAUUAUUUUGGACGGCCACUUUUGAAAUCCUGGCUAACACCCUACCUAGAUAGUAAAUUAAGUAUCUAUUGAUAUACCUAAUAAUAUGAUAAAAAUAGCAGCAUAUGAAAACUUUCACCAUUUUUACUGAUAUUUUUAAUCAUGACUCCAUUUCCACAGGCGUUCACUUCCUGACAUCUCAAAAAUUUCUAGAAUUACACCUAUCUUUAAAAGUGGUGACACAAUUAUUGACCAAUAUCAGUACUAUCUGUUUUUUCAUAACCAAUUAAUGCAUGCAACUGGAUAAUUUUUUUGAAAAAUACAAUAUAAUGUAUUUGGAUUCAGGAAAAAACAUUGAACAGAACAAGCAAUUCUCGAACUUACUGAUAAAUUAAAAUCUGCGAUAGAUAAUAAGGUGUGGUUUAAGGUGUAGUCUAGUUUAAAAACUAGAAAUCCCUGAAAUUAAACCUUAAUUUUACUCGCCCUGUGCGAUUACUUAUACUAAUUAUAUAGUUGUGGAUUUGUUCUCGCCCCACUCCAUUCUCAUUAGUAACAAAUUGUUGGCAGUGGACAACUCGAAAAUAUUAUGCUACUUUGUCCACUGCGCACAACAUGAUGAAUUGUUAACUCCAUCAAACUCGGAUCUCAUUCAAGUCUAAAAGUCAUCUAGUUCUCUUGGAAAAUUUCCCAAUAAAUUUGUUCUCAAUGUUUUGAACCACGCCUCCUUGUCAGGAAAGUUAGUGGCUGUCAGAAAUAAUUCGCAAAGUUUUAUAUCUGUUGCUACAGCCAAUGCUGGUACCCUAGGUACCGUUUUUGAAAUUUUAAAAUGUUUCAAAUGGGCUAUGGCCGCUAUUUAGUGAAUGUGUGAGCCCCAACAAAGAUUUCCAGUACCCUGACUCAUAGUUAACGUCUUGCAUAACUGUGACAUCUUGUAUUUCGAUGUACAGGUAUUGAAUUUAAUAUUGUGUGUACAGUGCAUGUAUCCAGGUGGCUAGGGUUUUCAAGGUUUGUUGUAGCAACCUGGUACCCAGGCUGUUUCUUCUACACUCUUACCUUGUUGAGGUAGAGGAAAGAGCCUGCCUAUGAGGUUAUUGUAGAUGUUGACCAUCAUCUCAACAAGUAAUUUCCCUGUCAGCAUCAGAUUUUAUAAAUACUGUACCGUGUACAUACAGUAGUUAAGCAACGUUUUUGACAUCACCCGAAAAUUGGUGUAACCAUUAUUGGUGGUAUUUUGCAUCAUAACAAAUGACACAAACACACCAUGCCCCCUGUGGAAAUCAGCUUCGGUUGACCGGGUUAGCUUGGGUAAAUAAAGUUUUUCUAUCUAUCUACAAAGUUAACACUGUUUUUAAUCUAGCUCCCCCCCUCCCGAGGACCACAUUCCAUUGACAAAUGUCGCUUGCUUAUAAAUUUUUCCAUAUAUUAUUUUUUUGUAGAAAUGUGAAUUGUGUCCAAUAAAAGAGGGAGCUUUAAAACGAACUGAUACUGGAGG